AAACGCACAGGCAAAUCAGGGCCCAUGAGGAUUGGACUGAUCACACUUACGAGCACCCGACCGGCGACCACGCGGAUCUUCUGGGGAGAAACCUGAACUUGAAUCCGCUGAGGGUGCUGGGCGACUAGGCACGCGUGUGCGCGUACGGGGUGUGCUUGGGUUGUUUGGGCGUGGGUUGCCGCGGCGGGGGGGCGUCUCAGGAAUAGUCGCUCCAGGCUCUGGUUUGACACGCGGUGGCAUUGUGGAAUCCGUGAUGGGUCGAAUCUGAGGGAAUGGUCAGCCUGAGGCUCUUGUUUUUGAAGCAUAGAAAGAAAAAAGAUGGUGACCUACUUGGGUGGGGCGAUAAACUUGUUGGCGUCCUCCGAAUCGACCAGGCUUGAUGCUGGAGUAGGGGACGGCGCGUACAAAACAGCCAGGAACUGUGGAAGGAUUGAGGACGCAAGGAUGCCGAAGAUUUUUAAGAUACAAUUCAGUUAAUCAGGUAUUGUAUCAUUCUCAGAGGUUAAUUAUCAAAGAACAGUUGAGUGUGGCCUUGCAGGUACAAACAAAGUGGGUAAUGG